AUGAACACAGACUCUUGUGAUGAUGCGGGUUCGCACAGCGAACCCUUCCAACAGCAGUUUCAACAGCAAGCUUUGGAUGAGAGUAUGGAUUAUCGUGUCUUACAGCAAUAUCGCACUCACUUAAACAAUACACUAACACUAAAACAGCAUCUUUUGAAACAGCUCACGCUGCUCUACAGUCAGUUGGAUGAGUGUAGGAACAUGCAGGAGCUCAUGGAUGUCUUGAUGACACAGAGACAGCUGCUACAGUCGAUCUUCACGCUGGAAAAGAAUACUGGUGCGUCGCAAGCGGCACCUACGGUAAAGUGGUCCAAGUACGGUCUGGAUGUCGAGCAGUAUCUUGUUGAAAUGGGCCGAGCGGACUUGGUUGAACGUAGUGGAUACCCGUUCCACGAUUGA